AUGUUUAGACUACUAGCCAUCUCUGCAUAUCAUUUAGUCACAUCACAGGAUGAGAUGACACAAGAAGGAGGAGGAAAAAAUCAAAUUCACCGUGCGCAAGCGACAAAGCUCGCUUCCGAGUUCUUUGUCGGGUUCAGCACAAUAACCAACGAUGAUACGAAUACAACCAUCGAUGCUUUCCAUGACGUGAGCAACGCAGGAAUUAAAAUCAGAAGCAUCCUAAACUGCAUACAAUUGACUUUGAAGGGAUUCAAUAUGAGUCACGAGAUUACCCAUUGUACUGAAAACUUAUCUCAGCUGCAGUCUUUACUCGGAGAUAUUCGAAAUAGUGUGUCUUCUGGGAUGGAGGAGGACCCCGAGUCUCAGAGAGCCUUGUGUAAUAAUAGCUCCCCAGAAAACGACUCUCGGACUGUUAUGCUACUCAGCCAUAUUGAUAUGCUUCCGUAUCGUAUGGCAGAGAUAUUCGUAAAACCACAUCAUGAGCAAGAUGCCCCAGCCAUUAUACAUGCCAUCGGAACAUUGUCAAAAUGCUAUAUUCGUAGUCUUGAAUCGGAUUAUUUGUCAAGUGUAUGGCAGCUCAUGGUCGCAUGGUUGAUUGAGAUAACGGACUAUUUCAAUCGUAUGGUCUCAGACCAAAACCCAGCCGCACUUGUUGUCUUAGCCUACUGGGGCGCCAGUCUGGUUGAGCGAGCGGAAAGCUGUGGGGAGCGUCUUUCUGCAGAUGCUGCGAUUCAGGCUUUGGUACAAGAACUUCAGAUUGAGCUGGAUCUUCGCUAA